UGCAUCCCCUUUCUCCAGUCCUUGGAGUACUUCCACAUUUUCACUUUCCAGCAUUCUACCAAUUUCACCACAACCUUCAGCACUGCAAACACCUCUUGUGUUAAGCCGGAAUGAUACCUAAAAUGUUUCCCGGUCUUGGCCAGAAACCUUUGAAGUCCCAUGGGACAAAAUGCCAAUGGAAAUUCAGAGAGCAAUUUCAGAAGGCAAAAGACACCCUCCUGACAAGAGGCGACAAAUGAUAAGAAUUCUUGCAGAUGAAGUUCAAAAGUACGAGGCUAAUCCCACACGUUCACAAUGCCUUACAAUCUGCCAGAAAAUAACCCAUCAAUACCCAGGUAGCUUUGCUUAUUUGACACCAAGUGGAAAGCUAAUUGCUGGAGGGUAUAUUUCUCUGCUCUCUCAACUCAAAACAAGAGUUGAGAAUAUCAACCGUUCCGGGACCUUUCAAAGAUACAGAUCAUCAGGACCCUGCAGAAUUGCUGGAGUCAAGCGGGGACCAACUGACAUGUAUGGGUGUACUAGAUUCCAGCCUGAACUCCCUCCAGAGGAAACUGAUGACACAGUGGAGGAGAAACGUCAAAGAUUACAAAGCACUUACAGCAAGUACGGCAUCAAUGGAGAUGACAGGCCAGAUGUGACAGAUUUGAUGGAGACCACAUUUAGCCUCCAGCGCAGACACAUAAACAGGAUACCUGCUUCCUCUGUAGCUGAUUUGCGAUUGAACUGGCCUUACCUAUUUACACAAAGAGGAAUCUUUUCUCACUUUGAGUUGCUGACAGAUGUACCUGUCCUCCGUGCCCUGGAACUGUCAGUUGAGGAGUGUGGUAAUGCAGUUGUAGAGUAUCUCCGCACCAAAGUGAAGAAUUCCAAUGUCCAGACAAUCUUGGCUCAAAAUGCAUCUGGCGACUUAACAUUCCUUGUCAUCCAACUAUUGAUGGCUCAUUUCAAUGAGUCUCCAGAUGGGCUGAUGCUGAGUACUGACGAAUAUGCAACAGCAGCAGAUGAUGAAACCAGCCUAAGUUUGCCUGCCAGUCCUUGUCUGAUAUUGUGUGGCAAUGAGCAACUGGUAGUUGGAUGGAUGUCAGCGCUGAAAGCCAUAUCAUCUUUGAGGGAGUCCAGCCAACAUUUGUGACAGGACUUGCAGCAGUACCACUUUCUACAUAUUCAACCUGCAAUA